AGAUCUUGGCACUGAGGGAUGCGUUGUCACGCGUAGGAGUCCAGAACCUCUCUCCAUCUCUCCUUUUUUUUGGCACUCCCCCUCCUCCUCCCAGCAUCCCUAAUAAGACACAUGCUCCUGAGCUGGGUUGCUCACUCAUGUUAGGAUCUCCUGGCUGCGACCACCACGAGCUGCUUUCUCGUCUUGGUUUCGCCCCCGGCUUCAUGGGUUGAAGGGCAGGCUGCGUUGUCCACAAGAUCUCAUCUCUCAUCUCGCCCAGUUCUGUGCACCCGAAAUUCAUCAUUCUCAUCUUCAUCUUCUUGAGUGCUACGGUUUGUUCUCCGAACAUGUAUGGACUUGCAGCGGCAGAGGCCUCCAGCCAAGGGCGCCGCCACCGGCUGUAGUCGACUUCGUUCCACCUGCCACAGCGUGAAAGGGACCACCUCAGCUGUGAUCUGUCUGCCUGCAGACGGGACCCAGUUUGACUGGGCAGCAGGGACUAUGCAUUUGGGACUGGUGGCGAUGGUAGUUGUCUUCCUCAGCUCCAUGGGUCACAGCGAUAACCUCAAGGCCUCCAAAGCAAGAAGACAGAGACGAAUAAGCACUGAAGUACCACCAUCGUGCUCGACUGGCUGUGAACACUGCUCAGAGUUUAACGGCUGUCUUAAAUGUCGACCCCGGCUCUUCAUCCUACUGGAGCGGAAUGACAUCCGUCAGAUAGGCAUUUGCCUUGCUGCCUGUCCUGUUGGAUAUUACGGCAUUCGAAAUCGUGAUAUGAACAAAUGCACACAAUGUAAAAUAGAAAACUGUGAGGCUUGUUUUAGCCGAAACUUUUGCACAAAAUGUAAGGAGGGGCUGUACUCACACAGAGGGCGGUGUUUCACCAGCUGUCCUGAAGGAUUCACCGUCAACGGUACCAUGGAGUGUGUAGUCCAAUGUGAUCUAAGUGAAUGGAGUCCAUGGGGCCCUUGCAUGAAGAAGAACAAAACAUGUGGCUUUAAAAAGGGUAACCAGAGCCGUACCAGGGAGCCCUUACAGCUUCCAAAUCCUGGCACUUCCACAGGGGCUGCUCCGCCCUCGGGCUGCGUCCCAGAGACACAGAACCAAAGAUGUACCGUGCAGAAAAAGAUCCCUUGCAAAGGAGAAAAUAGGAAGAAUCCACAAAACCGUGGAGAAAAAAAUGGCAAGAACCGCGGACAAGAUUCCAAGGAAAGUGGCAAAGGGGGCAACAAGAAAAAAAAGACCCUGAACCAGUCCACCACUGUUCCCACCAUUACAACGAGCAUGGUGACCUAAUCUUAUGGUGGUGUCAGGUGGGCCUAAGAAAGGAGAAUGCCUGGUCCAUCUUCGUUUGCUGAAGACAAACACUUUUUGAUUGUGACAAUAUAAAAAUUAAAGCAAAAAAAAAAAAAAAAAAAAAAAGUAAUAAUGCUGCUACACGUAAAACAUGCUCAAUGAGAACUGGAGGAUUGCUGUACUGAAUAACGAACUGUGUAAAUUUGAGUAAAGUUUGAGGGAACCAAGGAGCUAGGUUGGUUAGUCUCAUGCUAUUUGGAAGCACCCAGAAAGACUGCACUGUGCACUGUGCGUGUACAGAGUUGUCUUUUGUAAGCCUACCCAAAGGAAACAACAUUGUUUGUGGUUGACAAAAUGUUCCAUAUGUUCCUCCUUAGACCUAUCAGGAAGGUUUCUAAAUUAUAGACGACAUUUCAAAUGAGGCCCACUAUCCUAACACUGUUUAAAGAACAUCUAAAAUACAUUCAAAUCUCUUGUGGUUCUCCUAAUCUAGCUGUAAUUGCAUUCUUUUUCUCCAGAGUUAGAUUGUUCGUGACAGGUAGCAAACAGUCUAGAGUCUGCAUGUGAGUCUCAGAGUGAACAGUUUUUUUUUUUUUUUUUAUGUGGUUUGUUUAGUUUUUUUCUGUUGUUUUUAACAAAAGAAGGCACUGGAACUGUUAUUGUGGUUUACAGAGAGAAUAUGGAGAAAGAAGAACUUUAAUGAUCAUGAAAGUAUACAAAUAUGCAAAAAGUGUUAUUAUAUACCUAGAGAUGUUAUAAGAACUCAUAUGCGGCUUUACUUGUUUUAAUGGUCUAUGUCAAAUAAAAGUCUUGCUGAUUAGGGGGAAAUAAAUACAGUAUUUUCUGCUCAGAAGGCAGCAAUAAUAUGAGGAAUGUACAGUGCUGACGUAUGUGUAUGAAAGAUUGUGUCUGUGUGUGCGUGUGUGUCAGAUGUGUUUUUGGAUCUGUGUUCUUAUGUGCACCUUUAUGUUGUGAGGCGAGGGGAAGAGAGAGGUCAACAGAAGUCUAAACUACACUUCUUGUGACCAAGCCAUUGAGGAACUAAACCAGCAAAACACUUAAACUUCAUUGAUUAUAUGCUUUGUAUAUCUUUUAUUGCUCCGAUAUCAUAGUUCCAAUAUAUUCAAUAUAUCACAAUCAAUCAUAAUGCUUUGCAACAUACAGUAUCAAUAUAUGAGGAAGUAAUGCUGUACAUCAUACAGUUAUUUACAUGUAGCACCCAGUCACACUUUUCAUAGUCUGUUUUCUAUAGCCUGUUGACCAGGGCUGCAUUUUCCAAAAGCAGAAGCAGAUCGUAGAACCACUGGUGCUAAUGGUUUCUAUGAUCUACUUAGGCUUAUGAUUCUUUUGGGAAAUGCAGCACAGAAUCAGUGGGUAUUCACCAUAUACACCCCUAAUGAGAAUUAUGACACUGAAAAUGUCAGCUUCUGUUAAUCUUGACGCAAUACAUAUUGUUAUUAUAUAUCUAUUUCUAUAGAAGUCUACAAGGUAAAUAAACAUCUAAAUAAA